AUGCCGCCGAGAACGAGAGCAACGAACACGUUCCAGCACCCGGGUCAAGUCGUCCUUGAUCUCGAGGCGGCCGACAAGCAGCCACGUCGAACUGCAGCUCAGAUGGCCGCUUUUCGCAAGCAACAGGCUGAAGAGAAGCGCAACGAGGAGGUGGCGACAACCUCGACGCUCAAGGUGCUUGCGCAGCACCAAGAUGCGAUGCUCCGACGUGACAAUCUCGAGCAGCACGCCUCUUCCUCCAUCCCGCAGCCUGCUUCUGCACCCGCCCAAGUGUCUGCAACUAAUCCAGGCUCGCAGGCCGUCCCUAAGCCGAAGCCUAAGAGGAAGAAGCCAGGGCGUGCGGAGGUAGAGGCCUUCUGUCAUGGCGCUUCCGAGCCCGUGGCAGAACCGUCUACUUCCGAGUCGUUGCCGGUCAAAACUGGAAACAAGCGCAAGUCGGAUGUUUCUUCGGCCGAGGUUUCCGAGCCUCCUCCCGACGCAAAGCGCGUCAAGCCUGCGAACCCAUCUGGGCUUCUUUCCACCUGGCCGGCGCAACCGAAGACACCGGCGCGCCCUGCAUCCCGCGCAUCCCGCAAGAAUCAGCAGGCCACUGCAAGCUCGAAGCCUGCUACGAAGGAGAACGUGCUUCCCCGCCGUGAGCAGAAGAUGGCUUCCAUCUUUGAACUCACGGCCGCGAGCAGUAUCUCUCCCCUCGACGACGGUGCUGAUAGCUCGGAGGAACUCAACACCCCGGAGAAGGCUGGGUAUGCCGACUCAGACGCCGAUGAACAGGACUCGGAGAAAGCAGGCGGACCCGCGGCGCGAACGUCUCUUGGCUCUGCGGCACACAGCAACCGUGCCGUUGAGCAGCGCAACACCUCGAAGGGGAUCGUCUCUGUCAACCGUGAGAAGCCCGAUGAGGCCGCCAAGAAGGCUGCCAGCCAGGUCGCCAAACAGAACAAGGCAUGCGACGAGCGGAAGCCGGUCAAGCGUAUCACGAACGAGGAUCUCCCUUGUUCGCCAAAGGACUGGAUCUCGUUGUUCGUCCCGACGUUGUUCGAGCACCUCGGUCGGCUGGACAAUCCUUGGGCCACGCAGGAUGCAAACGACAUGGUCUAUCUCCAGAAGUGCUGGAAUGAUAUCUUCCCUACCAUCAAGCACGUCGUCACCAACUCGUCCCCGGCAGGGCGUAAAUGCCACGACUGGCGUACUAGUAUAGGCAAGAACGCUGUCGCUGCUGUUCAGAAGCACUGGGGUGACAGCAUAAUGCCGGCUGCCGACCGUGCCAAAUACGUUGAGAGACUGCUCCAUAGGGGAGAGUCUGAUCCGAUGGGCACGGCCCUGUUCCUCUGGCGUGACUGGCGCCAUCAAACCGAUGGCACGAUUACAAAGAGACACGGCCGCUUCCAAUCUCGUCCGAUCCUUGAGACUCUCGCCUAUCACCUGCAGGCGACUGACGCAGCCAUUUACGGAUCUGUCCACUAUCCGUGUGGUGCACUACUCAUUGGUACCUACUCGAUACUAACGGUACAGCCGGAGUGCAUUUCGACCGUUGCAAACGGUAAAGCCGCCUCCGGCCGGAGCUGUGAUUUCCUCGUUGCAAACAGGCCGGCCGGACUGGUUUCUAACAAGCCGGCCGAGUGUAUCUCAAACCAGUUCAAACGGUCCGGCCGGUGUAUCCCUAGGGCACCUAUGUUCUGUCUGAACAGGGGGGCCAUUUAG